AUGAGUGAAUUCGAACAAGUACCCGAUCAAGAAGCCGAUAUUCAAGAAUCAGAAGAGGAGGAGGAACUUUUCUAUACUGAAAUCGACGAACUUCAAAACCAUGGAAUUGGUGCUGCUGAUAUUACUAAACUUAAAAGUGCUGGUAUUUGCACUGUGCGGGCAAUUCACAUGACAACUCGAAGAAAUCUUUGCAAAAUUAAAGGACUUUCUGAAGCAAAAGUUGAUAAACUUAAAGAAACCGCCUCAAAACUCCAGGUUAUUGGAUUUAUCACGUGUGGUGUUCCUACUAUGUCAAUUACUGAAGCAUUUGGUGAGUUCAGAACCGGAAAGACUCAAAUCGCUCACACUUUGUGUGUUGUGGCGCAGCUUCCACCUGCCAUGGGGACUUUUCGUCCAGAGCGCAUCAAAGCUAUAGCUGCGCGUUUCGGAAUUGACCAUGAAGCUGCCCUUGAGAAUAUUCUUUUUGCACGCGCUUACACUUCUGAGCAUCAAAUGGAGCUUAUUAUCGAGUUGGCUGCUCGGUUUGCUGAAGAAAGAGGAUAUUUGAUUAAAGAAUGUUAUUUAAUUAAUAGAUCCACUGUUCGCCUUUACCUGCGCAAAGGUCGUGGUGACGAACGAAUUGCCAAGGUUUAUGAUUCACCUGAUAUGCCUGAAGCCGAAUCUCCCUAUACUAUUUCGUUAGGUGGUAUUAUUGACAGUUCUAGUUAA